AUUGGCUCUUGCAACGUGGCACAGAAAGCCCCCCGCUGGUAUCGAGGACAGAAGAAAUCUCUCUCUCCCGCAUCACAGCAGCAGAUCCAAAUCGUCCGACCGUAAUCCUCAUCAAAGAUAUCUUAGCAAUGGACACUGAUACUGGCAGCAGAGAUUGCUUAGCUUGGGCUGCAAGAGAUGCUUCUGGAAUUCUUUCUCCUUACAGAUUCAAUCGCAGAGUUGUCAGAAGCGAUGAUGUUCGUAUAGAAAUAACACAUUGUGGAGUUUGUUAUGCUGAUGUCCAUUGGACUCGAAAUGCGCAUGGUGACUCAAAGUACCCAUUGGUGCCUGGGCAUGAGAUUGCAGGAGUUGUCAUGGAGGUUGGUUCCAAUGUUAAACGUUUCAAAGUUGGUGAUCAUGCUGGUGUUGGCACAUAUGUUAAUUCAUGUGGAGAGUGCGAAUACUGUAAUGAUUUUCUAGAAGUUCAUUGUUCGAAAGGACAAAUUUUCACUUUCAAUGGCCUUGAUUCAGAUGGCACGAUCACAAAAGGAGGAUAUUCCAGCUACAUCAUAGUUAAGGAGAGGUACUGCUACAUGAUACCUGAUGGCUACCCAUUAGCUAAGGCAGCACCUUUGCUAUGCGCUGGAAUCACAGUGUACACUCCCAUGAUGCGCCAUAAGAUGAACCAACCUGGAAGAUCUCUUGGAGUCAUUGGGCUAGGUGGCCUCGGUCACAUGGCAGUGAAGUUUGCAAAAGCUUUUGGUUUGAAAGUAACAGUGUUCAGUACGAGUGAGUCCAAGAAAGAGGAAGCACUAAAACUUCUUGGAGCAGACAAAUUUGUGAUCUCAUCAGACAAGCAGCAGAUGGAGUCUAUGACAAAAUCCCUGGAUUUCAUCAUCGACACUGCUUCUGGUGAUCACCCCUUUGAUCCUUACAUGUCACUUCUGAAGGUUGGUGGAGUUUUGGUCCUAGUGAGCUUUCCUAGUGAAGUCCGUAUGCAUCCCGGAAGUCUUAACCUUGGUUCAAGAAGUAUUUCUGGCAGUUUGACUGGUGGUACCAAAGAGACACAGGCAAUGCUGGAGUUCUGUGCAGCAAACAAAAUAUAUCCAGAAAUUGAACUCAUCAAUAUUCAGUACAUAAAUGAGGCACUUGAGAGGCUUGUAAACAGAGAUGUGAAGUAUCGUUUCGUGAUUGACAUUAAGAACUCUCUCAAGUGAGUUCAAAAUUAUGAGAGCUACCGCAUGGAGCUUCCCCAGAGCUUAUAUAAGUCACGGUUUAUGUAUAUUCAGAAAUAUGCACUCUUAAUAAUGCUACUUUAUAAGUGCUCCUGCACAAACUUGGUUGAAUUUUGAUCUUUUGCUGUCAGAUUUCUCACAUAUCUAUAUAAAUAGAUAUAUUUUUAUGCUUUUUGUU